CACAGCAGUCCAACGAAGCCGAGUCUGCCUUUCAGCCUGCGAUGAAGCUGCUAUUUCGAGUCGCGCAUAUUCUGCUCGUAUUCUUUCUCUCUUCUCUACUAAUCUACAGCGUCUAUUACGCGUUCGCGCUUCUAGGGAAAGAUCAGCAGUACGGCUCGCCGCAGGAGGUGCAGGCCAAUUCUGAAAUAGACAUCAACGACGUCUCUCGCAAGCCGUCACCACAGGAGAUAGCUGCAUCGAUGAACACACUAUGGGACUACCUAGACGACUGGGAUGAAGAGCAUUGCAAAAACGUAUGCGAGGCUUCGUGGGUUGCCUGUCGACUGAGGAACUGUUAUCAUCUACCGGAUGUCAGGAAACAAGAGUUGUGAAGACGGCAUCCCGCAAGCUUGACACCUAACGCUAAGCGACCUGUACGCGAUCUCGCUGCAACAUCAUUUGAAGCAUUUCGAUCGUGUUGCUGUGGCUUGCAGUGAGAUUCGAUAUGUCCUAACAACAGUCAUGUGGGGUUGCGCGAGGCUCUGGAGAUGAUUGCUCAAUGCCGGAGUGCCCCACA